CAGACAGGAGUUGUUUGUUGGUGGUGUACGUACAGCAGACACACUGGUAGCCAUGUUUCGUGCUCUUCUCGUGGUGGCGAUGGCCAGUAACGCAUUCGCUGGCUUCAUCGGUGGUGGCUACGGGGCCGCCGUCACCGGUCUCGCCCCCGCCAGCUACGCCGUGGCAGCCCCGGCCGUGGCGACCUACCACGCCGCCCCUGCAGUAACCACCGUUCACGCCGCCCCGGCAGUGGCCACCGUGCAUGCUGCUCCUUCCGUCGCGACGCUCUCCAGGUUCCAGAGCUACCACGCCGCACCAGCCGUCGCCGCCGUGGCCCCGGCGGUCACAACCUACCACGCUCCGGCGCCGGUCUACUCCGUCGCCCCUGCCGUUGCUAGGGUCGCCACCUUUCGCGCCGCUCCGGCCUUCGUUGCCGCCCCGGCUGUGACCCGAGUGCACACCUACCACGCAGCGCCAGCCGUAGUCGCUGCCCCAGCCGUCACCAGGGUGCUUCACGCAGCUCCGGCAGUGGCCUACGCCGCCCCGGCAGUCACAAGGGUCGCCUACGCCGCGCCGGCCGUCGCCAGAGUCGCCUACCGCGCUGCCCCCGCGGUGGCCUACGCCGCGCCGGCCUUUACCAGGGUCGCCUACCAUGCUGCGCCCGCCGUCGCCACCGUACACGCCGCACCAGCCGUUGCUGUGGCAGCUCCCGCCGUGACCAGGGUGGCCGCCUUCCAUGCAGCACCGGCUGUGGUGGCUCACGCUCCUGCGGUGACGACCUUCCACGCCGCGGCACCAGCUGCCACCGUCACUCGUGUUGAGACGGUGCAUCACACGGCCCCGGCCGUCGCGACAGUCGCGGCUGCUCCGGCCGUGGCCGCUGUGGCUCCUGCCUAUGGUGUGAGUCACUACGGCGUGGGAUACGGGCUUUUGCCCACAUAUGGUCUCAACUACAAGUACGGCCUGGCUGGCCUUGACUACGCGGCUCUUCUCCACAAGAAGAAAUAAACAAAGGCGGAGUCCCAGCAAAGCAUCGGCCAUUGCACCUAAAUAAAGUGCCAUGGUUGCCAUUUUUUUCACUGUUGUAUACUUUCCAAAUAAAAGCUUCGUCAAAAAUA